UCCAGAUAUUAGCCCCGUCAACAACCCAAUCGCUUCUCCCGUCCCUUCCUCACCAUGAUCUCCCCAGCAGAAACCAUCACCUACCUAUUCUGCGGGGUGGUUGUGUCAAAUAUAUACCUCAUGAUAAUGCACCUCACUCCAAUCCCUCGAAUCAUCCACUGCCUUCCCUUUGGCCAGGCGUAUGUCCUAGCUCUCCAGGCGAUGGUCGCGGCCUGUAUUGUCCGGAUGCAAUGCAUUAUCCUGAAUCAGCCAUUCCAGCUUCGAUCGAGGAAGAUCAAAGUCCUUCUCUUUCUCUAUGCUGUCUUUCCGAUGCCGAUAUUUGUGGUAUGGGUGGAUACCAACGUUCUUCCGAGGGCAUGUGGGUGGUGUCGGGGUUGGAGUUAAUAGUCUGGUAUAUACUGGUGGAGGAGGCCAAAAUUUCCCAAGGUUGAGACUCGGGUGCGAUGGUUAAGUCUUAUACUAGUUAGGCGACUCUUUCAAAUGUCUGCUUUGUACCAGGAGGCUCUCGGUGUGUAUUGGCGCUGUCUGAUGUAAAUAUGAAUGUACCAAAGAGGAACUAUU